GUUCCUGGUGCUAAUGUUCUCCCAAAGACAAUUCCACCUCAGUUACAUCCUCCACAUAAUCCUGGUCCUGCUGUUAAACCUGCUGUUCCUGCUGGUCCUGCCUUUUCUCACGCUUCUAAUGAUAUGUCUCUUGCAACUCAACUUAAUGGUGGUAUUAGUCAGUCAGGAGUUGUUGUUGGUCAACGUGGUGUGCGUCCUGCAGCUGAUAAGCAUGAGAAUCGUCCUGACGUACCCAGCAGUGUUACUAAAGCUCACAAUGGUGUUUUGGAGGGUAACAUGAUGGAUGGGAAGGAAAAC